CACCAAACGGCGUUUUCGAAAAAAAGAAAAGUAAACAAAACAAAAAAAAUAUCGUCGUACACGACGGUAUUUAUCACUUCCAUUCUUAUUUCUUCUUUUAAAUCUCUUAUUCCUUUCUUGCUAUCCAAUAUCUCCCCCAACCCCUUCUAACUAAAUACCAAGUUAACCCUGAACGGAGUACCUUUUUAUAUCGACCCACCCACCAACCAUGCCUUCCCACGACCCUCUCGCCGACCGCCUCGCCGCCAUCCCCGAAGCGUACAGAGACGUCUUCACCCGCCUCGUCUCCUCCGCCCUAAACCCGGAGCUGAACGUCAACCGCCGCCGCAAAGCCCCUGUCACAGGCACGAGCGCGAGCACGAAGAAACGCUCCUCGACCGACGCGCAAUUUGACGUUAUCGACGUCGACGCCGAGGAUGACCACCACGACAACGAUAAGGAAAACAGGUCGUCGCGCGGGGGUCGGUCUUCUGUUAACAAGAACUGCGAUGAGGUCCGCCAGGACAUUCGGGACUUUCUGGACGCGCGGCAGAUGCAGCCGGGGCAGUUUCAACGGCUGAUCGGCGUGUCGGCGAAGUCGUAUCGGGAUUUUGUGGGUCAGAGUGGUCCCGAGAAAGGGGCGAGGUCGGUCACGUUUGUCAAGGCGGGGGAGUUCUUUCGGGGGUUCGAGGAGGGGGGAAGGGUGGGAGCAGGAGCAGCAGCAGCAGCAGCAGCGGGUUUUGGGGAUGUUUCGGGGAAUUCUACUGUGGCGCCGGCUACGAAGAAGAGGGCGAAGACGGCUACGGCGGCUACGGCGGGGAAGGGUAGAGGUAGUCGUGCAGCGGAUGGAAACUCGGAGUAUGAUGUUUCUGGUAUUGAAUUGGAGGAUGAGGAGGACGAGGAGCUUGAGGUGCCCGUGUUUGAGACUUGUGAUCGAGUCAGGGACAUGAUCCAGAAGCAUGUUGCCAAGCCCGGUGUCACAAAGGCCGGGUUCCUGAGGGAUGCGGCCAAGGCGACAUUCCCUGGGGGCGAGAAGACGAUCAUCCCCGGUUUGCUGCAGGUGUCCCUCAAGCAAGAGGGCGCCCUCGUGGGAAACACGGGCAUAGUCUUCUAUGCGGCGUAUGUCUUCUUCGAGAAGUUGAGGAUCAAGAAUGGGGAGCCGAAGGAUGAUUUUCGCCUGACCAUGGAGGAGAUCUGGCCCUUUGGGAUCGAGCGAGAGAAGCCGGUCAACGGACCCUGGAUCGUUGCGACCGGAAGUCAGCCAUACAUCAACGAGUUUGGGCAACUUCGGGUCCUGCGAAAUUGUUAUCCAUAGGAGCGAUUAGCAGGUGCGCUUGCUGUGAAGCAUCCACAAGACCCAUUUGUCGGGGUAUGAUGCAAUUUUGAAGGUGUGAUUCAAUUCCCUUGAGUAGUGUCUUAAGUGGUAUGUAUGUUAGUGAAUCUUGACGUCGGGUGCGUCUUGAGGUUGAUCGUUGCCUUGCUGCUCGGGCUUCAAUUGACCUGCGAGCAAUUUCCCCUGAGAAUCG